UUUAGGUCGUCCAGAUGUUAGCGCCUUGAAAAUAACUCUAUGGGACUAUCUGCCGAUUCUCCCUUCACAGGAGAUCCGAGUUGGACCUUUUCGUGUCCUGGGGGGGGGGAUACUGGCAGAGUUGGCUCCUGGCUGUGGGUUGCAUCAUGCCUGGGAACUUCGCUCCAAUGAGGGGCUCGCUUUGUGCUUUGUGGAGGGAGGGGAAGAGGCGGCUACAGCGUCCCCCCUUCCGUCCAGGACAGAAUUUCAAACAUACCCUCCUGCAGAGGGGGCACAGACAGCAGCGGGGGGCUUUUCCGGGGACUUCAGGAGCAGACAUCAUUCUGCGGGUGAGGAUCCCUGAGCGUCCUCUGGGAGGGGGGCUUUUUCAAAAAAAAAAAAAAAAAAAAAAAAAAAAAAAAAAAAAAAAAGCCGCGCAGGCAGUUGUGUGUCCUUCUUGAUGACGGGACGUCUGGCGCUCAAAGCAACGAUGAGCCGCGUUUCCACCGAGGAGUACUUCUUGGAGCCGCCGUGUUGGACGCGGACAUGGAGGCUGUAGUAGCGUUUCGGGCUUUUUAGUUGCUGAACUGCGGGUCCUGUUUGCGGGGUCCUCGGCUGGAGCCCCGGGAUGCCCGCGAGGAACAGGUACAACCUGGUGGACGACGUGGCGGACUCGAGGGUGCCGCUGCACAACGAGGAGGCGUAUCAGCAUGGGAUACAUUUCCAAGCCAAGUACGUGGGAAGUCUGGAUGUACCGAGGCCCAACAGUCGGAUGGAGAUCGUGGCAGCUAUGAGGAGAAUCAGGUACGAAUUCAAGGCCAAGAACAUCAAGAAGAAGAAGGUCAGCAUAUUGGUUUCAGUUGACGGUGUCAAGGUGAUGCUGAGGAAGAAACAAAAGAGAAAAGAAUGGACGUGGGACGAGAGCAAAAUGAUGAUCAUGGGUGAUCCGAUAUACAGAAUUUUCUACGUGUCUCAUGACUCGCAGGACUUGAAGAUCUUCAGCUACAUCGCCAGAGAUGGCUCCAGCAAUUCCUUCAGAUGUAACGUCUUCAAAUCCAAGAAGAAGACACAGGCAAUGCGCAUCGUGCGGACUGUGGGUCAGGCGUUCGAGGUUUGCCAUAAAAUCAGUCUGCAGCAUGCUGAGCAGGACGCAGACGGAGACAGUGACAAGUCAACAGAGGAGGACGGUUCCCACGGUCGUGAAGUAACGGGAGCCGAGCAGGACAAGGAAAAGGAGAAGAGCAAACAAGGAGACGUUUCUUCAGCUGAAGCUUCACUCUGUGAAAAAGCUGUCGGCGAGAUCUUGCAGAGCCUGACUGAACUGAAAUUUGUCAGACCUGGACAAUCUCUGAAGGACUUUGAUCGAAGGUCAGUCUACACUAUGACGUCCCAGGGCGUCAUCACACCCAGCAGCCCUUGCUCUCCAACUCUCACUCCACUAGCAUCCCAGCACUAUCUGCAGCUUCUUCAGCAGCAGCUCCAGCAGCAGCAGCAGCACACACAGGUGGUCAUUGCCCAGGUGCAGCUGUUAAAAGACCAGAUGGCGGCAGAGACGGCGGCUCGCAUGGAGGCUCAGGCCCGCAUCCACCAGCUGCUGCUGCAGAACAGGGACCUGCUGCAGCACCUGGCGCUGCUGGUGCGGCAGCUGAAAGAGUUGGAGGCGCGCUGCCCAGAAGCAACACAAGCUCAUCCGGAGCCUCAACCUAACGGACACAGUGGGCCACAGUCAGAGGGAAGCUCAGUUUCUUCAUCUGCCAGAUCGCUCUCCUUGAACCUAAAGAAUCACUACAGUCAGACCCUGGAGCAGCUUACCUCUGCAUGGCCGCUCCAGACCUCAACUCUCACCCCCAUCCAGGUGGGCAGUGCCGAGUCCUACAUCAACCUGCUCAACCUGGAAAACGGCUCUGACACGGCAGCAUCGCUCUCCGACCCCCAGCCCUUCAUUAGGGCUAACAGCGAUGCAGACCAGAAGGACAGAAACUCUGCCAUCUUCGAUGAAAAGUAUAAACAGGUCAUACCUAAAAUCAACCCCCCUCCACCCUUCAUGAAUCGCAAGAGGUCCAGCAGGACAUUUUCCCCAGGGUCAGAGGUCACGGCCAUGCCCCCUCAUACUGAAAUCAGCACUAUAGAAGUAGCCCCCAGCCGAAGCGUCAGCCUCUCAUUCGCGGACGAGACCCCCAGCUCCCUGUCGUCAGCUGAUUUCCACUCCCUAAGCAAUGGCGAGAGCAGCUCCUCUUCAGCCAGCGAGGACUCCGGCGUUCGCUCGGAAACGAAGUCGCUGCUCUCCCCUCUGCGCGACGAAGAUGACCUGUUCGGAGAUCGCCAGAUGUUUUUGUCAUCAGCCAGAGGCUGCGGAAACCCCCUACAGGAGAACGGAGACGCGACUCUGUCGUCCUCUGAGUCACCGCCACGUGAAACCAGCAGCACAGCUUCCCAGUCAGAAGCCUGUGAAAUGCCUCCUGCCAUCUCUGGGAUGGAUGACACCUGCCUUCACAUCAGUUUUUCAGAGGAUGAGCUACUGGAAGGCAGUCAGGACCACACGAGUGGCCCCCAGCGGGGUCAAGUGGAUGACUAGAUGCCAGGGGUACUUCUUAAACUGGGAAUGAUCUAUUCUGGGGUUCCACAAGGCUCAGUUUCAGGACUUGUUCCACUUACAUGUGACACUACACUUAUUGCUAAAAUACUCAAGUGUGUAAUUUAUUAGCAAGUCGACAGAUUUAGUAUUUUUCUAAUGGAAUUAAUGGUCUGUUUACAUUUGAACUACGAGAAUAAAGGAAGGUCCAUGUAGAAGAUAAUUUGCUGUAGAACUGAAACCUAAAAAAUCAACACAUUUUAUUUUUGCUAGUUUUUGACCUCAGAAUAUUGUUUUACACACUCACUUUAGUGCAAAGUAAAAUGAAAACGGUGCACUCCUAUAUGAGAUGAUCCGAACAGUGGUGAUGUUGGGAAAAGCUUUAACUUUUGGGAUGCACCUUCCAGAGUUAUGAAUGGAAAGAAACUAGAAUGUCAGAGAGGAAGAAAAAGAAAAGCUACAAAGCGAUUUUACAUUUUGCCUUAGUGACUAAAACCGUUCCAACAGGAUCUGUUUAUGUGAAACAACAACAGGAAAGAUGGAAGCAAUAAAUACAACUUUUUAUUAAGUUGUAGUUUUCUUAGGAGUAAUUGUGUGAGGAGGACCUAGAAGAUCAAGAAAAUAAAAAAAGUUUUGUUGAAAUUAUGAAUAUCUUCAUGUAUCCAGUAUUUCAAUAUUUACUUUUUUGUCACAAAUUUGAAAGAGAAAAAAAAAAGAAUAAUAAUUAAGUAAAGAUCAAAUCUGACCUGAAUGAUUGAAAGUUUUUCCUUUGUAUUGAAUCCUAUCGUAAAGCUUGUAUUUACCAGUGGUACAGAAAGUUCGCCGUGUCACCUUUGAAUAGUAAAGGUAGACAAAAUGAAUAAGGGAAGAAGCAGCUGAGAAAAAUGAGAGAAAGUGGAAGGAGUCCAAAUGACAAAGCAAACCUUUGCCAAUCAGAAGUGUGGCUUUUCCCAACAGUUCACCAGCCUGGGAGCUCUACAGCAAUAACACCUGAAAGACAAUAAAGAAGUUGUACCAGAAA